AUGGAUGCCUUCCUGGGUGCUGCUAUAAUUCUUAUUUCGUGGCUUCUUUGGAGCUACAGGAGCAACUUUUGUACACUGGACUCGCUGGACCUUCUGUUGCUACUGGCCCGGCUUCAUCGUUGGGCCUAUGAAGAAAAGCUCGUGGAUCUUGUGACCUGGCUCAUGGGCGCGCCUGCAGACUUUAAGCUGAAUCGAGAACUCACGUCCUUCGUAGGCGACCUGUUCCUGUCACUGUUCUCGCUUUGGAGCCGCUUGGCGCUGCAUGCCCUGCAGAUGCUGCACACACCGGCCGUUGCCCAUGUUCUGCGCAUUUGUUGUGUUAUCGCAGGUCUGUCAGGCCUGUCCACGUUGCUGGCAUGUGCAAUGGACCUCCUUGCAAUUGCCUCGCUGCCUCUCUUUGUAGCAUACCUGGGUACUUGCCUCUGCUGGAAGACGGCCACACAGUCGCUGUACACGCUGAGCUUGCUGUUCCAGGGCCGAAAGCACAACGUACUCCGAUUCCGUAUUGACCACCAUCACUUCGACCUGAACCAGCUGCUUAUUGGAGUUAUCUUGUUGUCGAUGGUCGUCUUCCUGCUGCCAUCGCUCUUCAUGUUCUACAGCUGCUUUAUGGGUUCAUGGCUGCUGGUGCUUGCAGCUCACUACGCUCUCGGCCUGUUCGUGUCGCUGUGCAACCAUUUUCCUUCUUGCCUGCUGAGCCUGAUUCCUGACAGCCACGUGAUGCUUGAGCUAAAGGAGGAUCCGAAGGAGGACCCAAAGACGGCCUUCCGUACGCUGCUACUGACAAUACGCCCUGGCUCCACGCGGCUCAGCAGCACCAUGCGCGCUGCCGCUGCAUCCCUGGGCCCUUUGAAUUGCUUUGGUGCUGGCUUGAUGGCCCUGUCUGGUGAAGCAUUGACUCUCUGUCGCCUGCACAGCCCAUCCCUUACUCUAGCCUAUCCUGAGCCAGAUAGCGUAGUGAGCUUGGCAGAGGUGCUCCGCUUCAUCUGGAGCUUUGCGGAGAAAAGUUUCAUGCAUGUGCUGCGCGGAAAGAGAUGUUGUGUCCUAGUUGUUUCGCAGGCACUCUCGAAGCCGCUCAAGAGGCCGCCGCGACCAAGGCUCGAGCAGAGGCCGACCCAUCCGCCGUUUGGAGUGAGGCUGCGUGCCAAUUAA